CUGACGUCAUCCCAUGUAUUAAAGCAAGAGCGUAACGACAAAGAGUUAUUCGCCACAACCAGAAGACACAAAGAUAUAUGACAAAUGAAAAAAUGGAGAUGCAGCAACAGGGGAACGCUUGACAAGGAAGCCCAGAGGAAAACAUGGCACCAAUUCGGCAGAAAAUGAAGCGUCCGUACAGUGACAUUAAUUUCUUUUUAACGCGAAGCCAGCUGGUCUUCGACGAAGAGUAUCAGAAUACGUGACUGGUUUGUCUUUUUCUCCCCGCAUCGUCGAAAAAUGUCUCCGGAGAUGACUUGUGAUCGGACAGUAACAACCGCCGCGGCCAUGGAGAGGUUGGGCAACCGGGGAAUGGCACUUUUGCCUUGGACCAAGCAGAUGCUGACAGUGCUGUGGGAGCAUCUCUGGAUUAUGGUUCGAGUCAUCUACUGCACAUUCUUGUCUGUUUUCCAGAUGUUUCGCUUUGAGGUACACUUCCGGAUCACAGACGAGAUGGGGCAGCACAUCCAGCACAGCCCAACCGAGUCGUUCCUCUUCUCCUCGCUGUUUGACAGUGACGCCGGUGUGAUGGUGGGUCGACCCAACGGCCUCUCAGACCUCUGUGGCGGUGGCGACGACGACAAUAGCGGCGACCGGGCCGCGGCCGAAGCGCUGCUUUCCGGCCUGGGUUCCCACGAUGGCGUCUACGUGGGCUUCCACGGCGACUGGGAUAUAUUGCCGGCUUUCCCCAAGGAGUCGCUCUUCCAGGAUGAUUCCGAGAAAGUCGUCAAGGGCAAUGAGUUUAACAGCCAGGAAAGUCAGGCCUUACGGCAGCCCACGUGCGACAACUCUUACGACCUCUUCUCGAAGAAGCCCAAAGCUGACGCGACAGGCAAAGCGUCUGAGGAAAUGUCGGGCCUGAAGAUGUGGGUCAGCCGCUCUGACAGCGACACCAGCUGGUCCAGCUCCGACGUGUCCAUCGCCGAUCUGGAAGAGAACGAACACCUUCUUGAGUUUUUCUCCAGGCCCGACGACCCGUACGACCCCAUGUGUUUCACCGCCUGCACCACCAGCAAAGCGCCGCAAGCCGCCUCGGCGGGUACCGACAGCGACAAGGGCGGCUUCACCUCUUCCUCAGAGGACGAGGAUGAGCUGUGGGGGUUCCUCGACCAGACAGACGACCCUUACCACCCACUGAACUUCCAGGCCCGUCCCAGCAAUCACCUGCCUCAAUAUGUCUCAGAGCCUCUCAAAGCUACUCCUGCUAAACACACCACACCCAAAACACUCCACAAACAUAGCCAACGUGUCACGCGUUGCCCUGAGGCUGUGACACGGGUGCCAUGGAAACGACCCACCCACAGAUGUCAAUCACCCAACAGGCGCGGCGGACCUGAAACCCGAAAAAAGCGUGAGGUCCGCUUCUCUCCGGUGGUGGAGGUUCACGUGAUGUGUGCGUGGCGCUUUGCCGCCGCCGCUUCCCGCAAAGGACCCUGGGAGGAGAUGGCCCGGGACCGCGUCCGCUUCCGGCGCCGCGUGGACGAGGCGGAGCGGGCAGUCGGGCACUGCUUGGAAUCUGCACACCGGGCCAGGAUGCGCGCAUACGUGGAUGCCUGCACGAAUCCAGGAUGAUGUUUAUUUCUUUUUAAAGACUCUUGGUUGCUGUGAUUGUUUUAUUUAUGAGAUUGAUGUUGACAUUUUGCAACUUUGUACCUCAAAAAAUGUUUUUUGAUAGAUUUUGUGUGUGUGUGUGUUUAUUGCUGCACUGACUGACACUUUGUGAUGGUAACUUGAGCCUUUUUGUUUUUUGCGUUGCAUUUGGACCUAGUAGGAAAUUACAAAAUGCUUUUUUGUAUGUGAUGACUGAAUGUAGAGCAGCUCAACAUUCAAAAAAACAGGAAGGGCUUAUUUGACUUUUAAAAAAGGAUUUCAGGUUUGGUGCAAUUCCUCAAUUAUUGUCACUUGAUGGAUUUUAAUGCCAUUUUUUUUCAAACAUACAAUAGCAGUUUGGCACACACUGUGAAUUUGGAUGUCGAUAAUUAUUAACACUGGUUGUUUUGACUAAUAAGAAGAACUGACACCAAUAAACCAUUUCAGAUCAACAA